AUGGAUUCAUCUGAAGGUAAUAAAAAAGCUAAUUCCCCUGCCGCUACUACCCCAGCUGAAAGUAAACCUGAUGCUCCAUCUUCUACUAAGAAUUCUUCCGGAUCUACAUCACCAAUUAAUAAAGAAAGUGGAAGAGAUUCAAGUAAAGGAAAUACAUCUGAAAACAUCAAAACUAAUGGUCCUACCUCACCAGGAGGUAAAGGACAAACGAAAGGAAAUGAAGACAAAAAGAUAUUUGUUGGAGGAAUUCCUUACGAUAUAUCUAAUGAAGAACUUAGCAAAUAUUUUGCUCGUUUUGGGCCUGUUGCUCAAGUCCAAGUUAAAUAUGAUCGUCUAACCAAUAGAUCAAGAGGAUUUGCAUUUGUUGAAUUUGAAACAGCUGCUGGUUGUUCUAAUGCUUUAAGCGUUAGAGUACAAAAUAUCAAUGAUAAAACAAUUGAAGUUAAACCAGCUAAAUCUCGUGAAAACAAAAAAGUUUUUGUUGGGGGACUUCCAUCGGAUUUCCCAGAAGCUGAUUUAAAAGUACAUUUUGAAAAAUUUGGAAAAGUCGAAGAUAUUGAAUGGCCAUUUGAUAAAACAUCAAAAGUCCAUAAAAAUUUUGCUUUUGUUGUUUUUGAAGAAGAAGCAGCUGCUGAUCGUGCUGCUGCUGAACAGAAACAAAUGUUUGGUGUUCGUGAAUGUGACGUUAAAAAGGCCGUUCCUCAAGGAAAACGUUUCGUAAGUAAUCAUCGUAAUUUGCAAACAUUGAGAAACUUUAGUGGAGCUUAUCGUUGUCAAAUGAAUAUUGCUAACCCUAAUUGGUACCCACAAGGUUGGAAUGGAUUGGCAAGUGGUCCUAUACCAAAUUACAAUCCAGCUGGUUGGGCUCCUGAUUGGUAUCCAAGUACAAUUUAUCCACAAAAUGGAUCUGGUGGAUAUGGUGGAUAUCAAAAUAAUGGUAAUACAGGAUACGAAAAUUAUGCUUCUAAUGGAGGAAGAAAUAAUCAACGUUACCCUCAAACACAAUUUCAAUGA